CCCCGCCCCUUUCCCUCCGCCAAGGAGAUGUCCACGCGGGGCACCCAGUUGGCCGGAGCCUAUAAAAGCCCCUGAGGCGGAGAAGCCAAGAAGCCCCAGCAGCAGACGACGACGACCUUGCAGCGCCUCAGCACCACCUGCCUCCUCCUUUUCCAUUUGAGCCACUCCAGCAGCAGCAGCAGCCGCCCUCCUGCUGGCCAUGUCCUGGGGCUACGGCAAGGACAACGGACCUUCUCAUUGGCAUGAGACUUGCCCCAUUGCCAAUGGAGAACGGCAAUCUCCGAUCGACAUCCAACAUAAAUCUGCCAAAUAUGACGCCUCGCUGAAGUCCCUGAGCCUCAGUUAUGACCCAUCCGCAGUCAAAAGCAUCGUCAACAAUGGGCACUCCUUCAAUGUGGAGUUUGAUGAUUCUGGAGACAAAUGUGUGCUGAAAGGUGGCCCAGUUGAGGGAACUUACAAGCUAAUUCAGUUCCACAUUCAUUGGGGAUCCUGUGAAGGCCAAGGCUCUGAACACACUGUUGAUGGGGUGAAGUAUGAUGCAGAGCUUCAUUUGGUUCACUGGAACACAAAAUAUGGUAGUUUUGGUGAAGCUGUGAAGCAUCCUGAUGGCCUGGCAGUUGUGGGUGUGUUUUUGAAGGUAGGGAAUGCCUGUCCUGGAAUACAGAAGGUUGCUGACGCAUUGGACACCAUUAAACACAAGGGCAAACGGGCUGCCUUCACAAACUUUGAUCCCACUAGUCUGCUUCCUUCUUCCCGUGAUUUCUGGACCUAUCUGGGAUCACUGACCACUCCUCCCUUGCUUGAGUGCGUCACCUGGAUUGUUCUGAAAGAGCCUGUAACUAUCAGCAAGGAACAGAUUGACAAACUCCGUUGCCUUUGCUUCAAUGAUGAAAAUGAGCCGCAGUGUGCCAUGGUUGACAACUGGCGCCCUUGCCAGCCCUUAAAGGGCAGAGAAGUUAGGGCUUCAUUCCAAUAGGCUUUGUCCAUUAAACAUUGCUGUGUUCUUGAGGGUUUGGGUUUGAUUUUUCCAAGCUAAGCACAAAUCAGACUAAUGCCAUAAAUGCACUAGUGACAUUUGUUUUUCCUAGUGCUCUUUUCUCUUCCUGUCAUAUUCUGAAUUUCUUAAUAAUGAAAUGCAAAAUGGCCAUAAACCAAGAGGAAGGCAAAUUUAUUGCAGUGUGAAAAGUGUGCAGUGUGCUUACCAGGGGUAAGAUGGAAGGGGAGCAGCAGCACAGUGUGCAAUAUUUGAAAAGAAUUGCUGUGAUGUUGGUGCUGAUGCUGUAAUAGGGUAUCUUUCUUUGACUGUCUGUCAAGGGAUAUAGUGAGAGGAAAUAAAUAAGCCAUUUUUAAAAACAAAAAAAGUAACCUCAUAGAAUAUAUGAUGCUGUGUAUACUCAAUAACUUGAAUCUUUCAUGGAAGCACAGGAAUGCAAUCUAAUGUGGACAUUUUACUUCUGAUUUAAGGUAAUACCUUUUAUCAAAGUAGGCAUUAAAAUGCAACAUUAGUUUUGAAAAUUAAAUAUCUUAGCUUUCAAAAAGUGUGAAGUGUAAAUAUUUUACUUGUUUUACAUUUUUAGCCAUAAAUCUGAACCAUGUCUUAAUGUUAGCAUUUUUUUUUCAUGUUACAAAAUGUCAACUGACCUAAAUUAAGUACUACUAUGUGUAAAAAUUGUUGAUACCAUAGAUAUAAUAGAGAAUAUUGUACCAUUAAAAUAAUGUCAUAAUUUAAACAAAUUAAUAUUGUAUUUUAGAUACAUUCUCUAAUAAAAUAUAUAUUUAA